AUGGCCUCAAAUUUCUGCCAGAAUCUCCUUUUACUUUCUCUUUUUCUGCUCUUUGCAUCAUCAUUCUCAGCUAAAGCUGAUUCCCUGAGGAAACACCAAGUUAACUUGUCUCCAACUUCUAGUCUGGCAAAGCAACAGGCAGAAAAGCUCAUAAGAGGACUCAACUUGUCCCCAAAAGAUGGUGUGAAUGCUGGUUUCGAUGACCUUGCUGUUGAGACUUCGAAGGUUGUUGAAAAGCAAUUCAGUUUCCCUGUCCUUGGUGCUCCUGGGCCUUCCAUUCAGGAGUUUGGUCACCAUGCUGGGUACUAUAAACUUGAACAUGCUAAAGCUGCAAGGAUGUUUUACUUUUUCUUCGAAUCAAGGAACAGCAAAAAUGAUCCUGUAGUAAUUUGGUUGACUGGAGGUCCCGGAUGCAGUAGUGAAUUGGCAUUGUUUUAUGAGAAUGGUCCUUUCCAUAUUGCUAAAAACUUGUCGCUUUUAUGGAAUGACUAUGGCUGGGACAAGACAUCAAACAUUCUGUAUGUAGAUCAGCCCACCGGAACUGGUUUCAGUUAUACUUCAGAUGAUGAUGACAUUCGUCAUGAUGAAAAUGGUGUCAGCAACGAUUUGUAUGACUUCUUGCAGGCAUUCUUUAAGGAGCAUCCUCAGUAUGCUAAGAAUGACUUUUAUAUAACCGGAGAAUCUUAUGCUGGGCAUUACAUACCUGCUUUUGCUGCCCGAGUUCACCAGGGAAACAAAGCGAAGGCGGGAAUUCAUGUUAACCUGAAGGGUUUUGCCAUCGGUAACGGCCUAACAAAUCCUGAAAUACAGUACCAAGCGUACCCAGAUUAUGCUUUGAACACAAGUUUAAUCACUCAAUCUGAUUAUGUCAGAAUUAAGAAGCUGGUUCCAACAUGUGUCCAGGCAAUCAAAAGAUGUGGCUCUAGUGGAGGAAAUGCUUGUGUGAUGUCUUUCUCUAUCUGCAACAAUAUCUUUAAUCAGAUCCUGAGUAUCGCUGGUAAUGUAAAUUACUAUGACAUCAGAAAGAAUUGCGAAGGAGACCUGUGCUACGACUUCUCAGACAUGGAGACAUUCCUGAAUCUGACAUCAGUCAGGGAUGCACUUGGGGUUGGAGAGAUGGACUUUGUGUCAUGCAGCAGCGUAGUAUAUGAUGCAAUGAUCAUGGACUGGAUGAAGAAUCUUGAAGUUGGGAUUCCGGCUCUUCUUGAGGAUGGCAUCAAUGUGCUUAUAUAUGCUGGGGAGUAUGAUCUUAUCUGCAACUGGCUUGGAAAUUCGAAUUGGGUUCAUGCUAUGACAUGGUCCGGCCAGAAAGAGUUUGGGGCAGCUCCCACCGUUCCGUUUGUAGUUGAUGGUGCAGAAGCAGGGCAACUGAAAAGCCAUGGUCCUCUCACUUUCCUCAAGGUUCAUGAUGCUGGACACAUGGUUCCAAUGGAUCAACCAAAAGCUUCAUUACAGAUGCUGCAGAACUGGAUGCAGGGGAAGCUAGCCUCAUACGAGACAGCAGACAGUUGAGUGUCUCUCCCAAAUUACACAAUCAAUCUGGAUUUUAGGCACAAAUGCAUUUGUAAAUUCAAAUUGUGAUUUUCCAAGCUUUUCAUUGUUCCAAACAGUCCACUCGCGUGGCAUUGGCCAUUAUCCAAGAAAAUGAGAAGUACAUUGACUAA